UUGGAUAGUUUCUUGGACAUUGAUACGAAGUUUAAUGAAAACCGGGCAGUUGUUUCCAACAAUCGUGUGGGGGAGAGGGGGGAGAUAGAGACGGGCAUACGCACUCGCAAGAAAUGCUACAAAGCUGUAUAAGCUUUCGGUAGGAAAAGUAAUCUAAAAGCUAUCCGCUAGAAUUAGGAUUGAAGUUUAAUAACAGAAUAAUAUUACAAUUUUUUCGUUUCCGUUACGAGAUUGAUGAAAUGCCGUGAUUGACAUUUUGUGUGCCAAAGUCGACAGGUUUAACUACCCCCAUCUUUCGCAUCUUGCCAUCUAGCGCUAAUUCCGUUCGUUUCUACGUCAUCUAAAGCGUAUACCAGAGCCAUCUGUCAUGACUACCAGGAACUGAGUGCUCCGUACGAACCAUAUGUUGGUACCGGAUAUAAACUUGAAAUCGUGAGUGAACGGAAAUGCCGUCGGAGGUCACACGAUUUAGACAACAUGCCGCGUGUGCCAAACGUAUCUCUGGAGAACUUUCGAGCCACAAAAAAAAAAAUCCAGCGGAACUCCAGACCAACAACCAAAACUGCAAAUGGAAGAGGAACGAGAAUUAUGGGAUAUUAUUACGAAACAUAAGUGAGAAUCAUAAGGAAAUUAAAACGCGUGGCUGUGGCUCAGUUCUUGGAACUCUCAUUGAAAAUUCGACGAGUCUUUGACUCUGGGUAAUAGAUUUCAUUUCAUCGUCAAGAAUAAUGGCAUUUCGCCACCAAGAAAUAUCUUAAGGCCAGACAUAACCCAAACACGAAUAGCAUAUUUUUCCUACAUGCUACACAUUUCAAAUGUAAUUACGUUUUCAAAUUCGGAAUUUCCCUUCUCUGAAAAAAUGUUUCGUACUGUCUAUAAUUAUUGAAAACCUUUGCUUUCAUUGUAUUUCAUCACAACUGCAGCUUCAAAGAUUACAAAUAAAUGAAUGAAGUCAAAACUUUGUAAUUUUAGUAAAAUAUUGUAUAAUUAAGAUGUCCAUAACGUGGAGGCUGCUUCUUAUCAUCAAAAUCAAGGAAAAUAAGAUGGCUGGGAAGUGUACAUGCUAUGCACAGGGGAUAUGAAAAAUUUAUACAAAACUUUAAUCAGAAAUCUUGAAGGAAGAAAAACACAUGGGAGACCUUAUCAUAGAUGAUAGAAUAGUAUCGAAAUAUAUGGAUAUAUCUCGUUUUUGUUCACUUAAAACUUAAUGCUUUGGCGCAGAACGUAAUUAUUUUAUCAUCUGAGCAUCGUUGAACACCCAUUCACCUGUUCAGUUUGUUAUAGGAGAUUUUUUUCAAAGCGACGGAAACGUGAAGUUAAUCAGUGACCUCCAUCUAGUGUCGAUAUUCAGGAUUAGGGUCGCCUUAAGGCAAUGGAGGGCCCAUGGCAAAAUAAGAUCUCCUCCACCCUACUUUUCAAAAUAAUAGGCUUUAUAAUUGAUAUGUGCAAAAACAUUUGUUUGUAUUAAUAAAGGAUAAGACGAUAGGAUGAUAUUAAAAUGCAUAAUACAAAAAUUAAUUUGAUGCUGAAUAACGAAGACAAAGUUAACUUUUUUAAAUACGCAACGGGAUUAUUUUCGUGUUUCUCGUUGUCGCUCCAACGAAAGAGGAGCUCUUCAGGAAGACCAUGUUUAAUUUGCCCCUCGGUAUGGUCCAAAGCCCGUUGUUUUACGUAUGAAUUUAUGUGGUUACGUGCGGAAUUAUAUUUUUAUGGAAUAGGAAUAUAAGAUUCUGGACUUUGUACUUGAGAAAGACAGACCUCAUCAGAUCUUCUUAAUCGGAAAUAUGUCUCGUUCCCCUGAUACCACUCGUCUUGCUGUCCGCGUGUGGAGUACGGGAUCACGCCCUCGUGAGUCUUGUUGCGGAGGCGAGCAGGUACACGGCAAAAAUAUCGGCAACAUUCAGAAAUAUAAGAUAAGAGUUCUACCUUCUGCAAGUCCCUGAAGAUGGAAGCAGUAUAUCUCUCCGAAACAACAUCGACGUAUUUACCGCAUCACUCCAAGCCUCAGGUCUCAUACAGUCUGUAAUUUUUUUUAAUGUAAUCAGAUUCGUUUUAAACUAGAGGUCCUGAAGAAAAAGUGAGCAUUGGCCGAAUUCAGUUAGGCUGGUGAUAUUUUGAUGAUUUGCGUGUGUUCUACGAAAGAUGUGUAGUUAAUAGUUUUGGUCGCUGGGUGUGUAAGACACUAGCAAAGUUAUUUUUAAUAACCUGAUAGUUAGUAAGAUAAUAAAGAAAUUUCAGGGUUUUUAUGGAGCUAGUAGAUUCAUUGCCGUCCUCACAAAAGCCUUACAACAUGCUACUGACUUUGAGCCUACAGCCAAAAGAAAUAUUCAUCUUCCUUCGUCCUGUCGAGGAAGAAUUUUAGCUUCUCCUGUCAACAGACUGCAAUAUCCACCCACUGCAAAGCAUCACACAACAUAAAUAACAUCGCGAUGAGACACCAUUUAGGCCUGUCAGUGAGUACACAUGGAACUCAUUAUCGGAGAAGCAGUUAGGAUUGCUCUCCGCUCGGACACUCAGAUCAGUGAUAACGUAAACUUGUCUGGCGUCUGUGAACUGAAGGAGAAAACUAAGCCAGCCACUCACGUCUCUAGAUGCUUCUGCAAGGAUCGUUUCUCAGCUCACAUCCACUGUUGUCACUUCUUCCCUGAAGAUUGAGGCAUCGGGAUCCUCGGAAAUAUUGAAACGUUUCCACUAUCGUACAAGCAGGUCUCGAGGGAUUUAGUGCACGAGGCAAAGUUUUGUUUGAAAUGCACUGAUAUAAAAGUCAGGACCAGAAGUAAGUUUCUUCAUUCACUGCAAUGCGGUUAUCGAUCUGCUGUUGUUUUCUGCUUGUGACCACGGGAUGGGGAGCCCAAGUUCUGCAACAACUCCUACCGCCAGGUCAUCCCUGCACCGAGUUCAGCUACCGACAACAUCUGGACAUCAACACGGUCCAGGGCACGUGGUACGUGCUUGUCAUUAUCUGCUCCAGCUGGAACCGCGUGCCGCUGUGUGACAAGGUGGAACUUCACGGCAACAGCACCCUGCUGCACGAGACGUGGACCAGCCUCGACCUCCUUUCGGAUCCUCACUACCGCCACGGUGCAGUUUACAGCACUGACCUGGCCGUGGUUGAGCCGGGCUGCUGGAAGGACCUCAGACCCGAAAGAGCUCAUCCUGUGACCCUGGUCCUGGACGCGGACGAGCUGCUGGUUCUGGCGCAAUGCUAUCAGGGGGACUACGCCACGCCGUAUCAUGACCACGAAGUGUUUAUCCUGGGGCGAAACACGAAGGGCCACCUGCUGGACCAAACUCUCAGCAAGCUGGCCGCCAAUGGCCUGGACACCAGACAGGCCCAGGUACUUCAGUGGUCCAUGUGUCCGAACCACUAAGUCACCGGGUCACGUCAACGCACACCACACGCAUUCCUGGAAUAUCUAAUGUUAGAGAUAUGGAUGUGACCUUGUAUCGCCUGAGAGAGCAAAAUAUCGAAACAAGGUUUUUGUCAUACGCUCACAGAGAAUAAAAACGUUCAUAUAUAA